UAGUUUGCAAUCAGUCGCAAACCGACCCCCGACAGUCGUUCACUCGCCGCCGACAAAAUCGCGCGCAAACAUGCACAAUAUGGCGCGAAAACUCCUCUUACGAGAAAUUAAAAACUUAAAAUGGCAAAGGAAAUUGUCAACCAGUGCAGUGUUCAGGAAAGAUGAUUUUAUCAUAAAAUCGACUGUUCCUGAUAUUGUUGUGCCCAAAACUAGGUUUAUUGACCGUUUGUGGGAAGAGUCUGCUGGAUAUAAGAAUCAGGUUGCACUAGAAAGUGCAGAAACUAAGAAGACCUACACAUACUCCCAAUUAGAAAAGAAUACAUCGGCUUUCGCGACUUCUUUGAUCAAGAAGUUCGGUUUGAAGCCAGGAGAUGUCGUAGCUGUGAUGUUACCAAACUGCCCCGAAUUUCCCGUAGUGGCCUUCGGGAGUCUACAAGCAGGAUGCGUGCUGACAACUGUCAACCCUAUUUACAAGGAGUUCGAACUCGCCCAUCAAGUAAGCAUCACGGAACCAAAAGUCUUCGUCACAUUACCAGAAUGCUACGAUACAGUAACAAAAUCUUUAAACGCAGCUAAAAUCAAAGCCAAAAUAAUCCUAGUAGACAGUCCCAACAAACCAGUUCCAGAUGGUGUCUCAAGAUAUACAGAAGUAGCUGAAUCUGGUGAAGCUGAUUACAAACUACUGGAUAAAAUAGAAAGGAAAGGAAAUGAUAUUGCUUGCAUACCAUUUUCAAGUGGUACUACCGGAUUGCCUAAAGGCGUUGAGAUAACUUAUGAUAAUAUAUUGGCUGGAAUGGAGAUAAUGUCUCAGAAAGAGAACUCUUUCCCGACCCUCGCAAAUGAUAAUUACCAAGAUAUUCUCCCAGCGUUCCUACCAUUCUUCCACAUUUACGGUCUCGUCAUUGGUCUGCUUGGGCAUCUAUCUAAAGGCUGCAAAUUGGUUACUAUGUCCAAGUUCUCUGCUAGCAUGUACCUGGACAUCUUGAAGACACAAAAGACUACCUUGCUUUAUAUCGUUCCCCCUGUUGCGAUUCUCUUGGGCAAACAUCCAGACGUGAAUGAAGGGCAUUACCGUCAUGUAAGGCAUAUCAUCUGUGGCGCUGCACCUUUGGCUGCAUCUGAUGUUGAAGCUAUUUUACAGAAGAGUAAACGAGCCAUCGAGUUCAAUCAAGGCUUCGGUAUGACAGAAACCACGUCACUGGCUACAUCCACCUUCAAGGGCACUAAGAAUGUAGACUUCAACGCUUGUGGAGUACCCAUGGCUAAUGUUGAGCUGAAGUUUGCUGAUCCAAUCACUGGUGAAGCCGUGCCAAUUGGACAGUCGGGCGAAAUGUACAUCAGGAGUCCUACAAUAAUGAAGGGUUACCACAAGAACCCUAAAGCUACCGAGGAGUCUAUGACCAAGGACGGUUUCUUCAAGACCGGUGACUUGGGCUACUACAAGCCUGGCUCCGGCCUUUACAUUACUGAUAGGAUUAAGGAAUUAAUUAAGGUAAAAGGAAUGCAAGUCGCACCAGCGGAAUUAGAAAGCCUCUUAAGAUCUCAUCCAGCGGUACAAGACGCGGCCGUUAUAGGCGUUCCUCACCAAUUCUAUGGCGAAGCUCCUAAAGCCUUCAUCAUCAGGAAGAAUGGCUUGAAGAUCACUGAAGAGGAACUUCAAGACUUUGUAGCCAGUAAAGUAGCGGUAUACAAGAAGAUAGAAGAAGUGAUGUUUGUUGAUGACAUUCCUAAAACAGCGUCGGGCAAGAUUUUGAGGAAAGAAUUGAAGAAAAUGUACGCGUAAUAGUGAGAAAACAAAUGCUAGCGGCUCUUCGUAGGUAGGAUUUAGAUAACGUGAUUAGCA